CAAUCUAACCCAGGCCGGCCCAACCCGAUCAAGUCCCAUCAUCUCGACUCUGACAAAACCCUAACUAGUAGUUGCAUAUAUAAUGUUUUUUUGGCACAAGUGCUUCCCCUUGCCAUUCGGAGGAGAUUACAGAGCCGAUCGUUCGCUUCCUCCAUUUAGCUAAGCAGCUAUAGCGAACGAAAGAAAUCAUGGCUUACGCAGCGAUGAAGCCUACUAAGCCUGGUUUGGAAGAACCCCAGGAGCAGCUUCACCGCAUCAGGAUCACCCUUUCUUCUAAGAAUGUUAAGAAUCUCGAGAAAGUGUGCGCGGAUCUAGUCCGUGGUGCCAAGGAUAAGCGCCUGAGAGUUAAAGGGCCAGUGAGGAUGCCUACUAAAGUUCUCCACAUCACUACCAGGAAAUCGCCCUGUGGUGAAGGAACCAACACAUGGGAUAGAUUUGAGCUCCGUGUACACAAGCGUGUGAUCGAUCUUGUUAGCUCAUCUGAAGUCGUGAAGCAAAUAACCUCCAUCACCAUUGAACCUGGUGUGGAGGUUGAAGUUACAAUCGCAGACCCGUAAUUUAUAUGCUUGUUGCUCUCUUUUUUCAUUUCUUCCCAUGUUUUUGGUAGUUAAUAUAGAGGUUUAUCUUGUUUCAUCUUUCAGAUCAAAUGAUUCCGAACCGUUUCUUAUUUAAAUUUUGCUUGUGAGAAUUUGUAAUUUGCUGUUUGUACCAAAUUGUUUUAAGUUACUCUCUAAUACUUGAGAUUAUCCAGUGCCAGGUGGAAUUUUCUGCAAAAA